UUCGUGGAGAAGGAAGAUGCUGAACACCUUUGGGUGGUGGAACCUGAGAACCGGGCGAAAGUAAUCUGGCUUGAACGAUAUACAAACGUAUAACCCCCGAAAGACAAACACACGUGUGAGAGCAACAAACCGACUGUUAUUGUCGAUAUAUCGGUGGUAAAAAAAAAAAAAAAACCAAGAGGCACAAGCUAUGGAAUUAAAGAAAUCCAUUUCGGACUGUGAUCGAACGUUGAAGAGCUACGGCGCUGUGCUUGAGACAGAGUGGCAAACGGACAAAGCUCAGUCUGACGUGUCCAUGGCAGAGGGCACCAUGUCUCCAGAUGAGAUUGAGGUGGAGAUGGCACGAAUCCAGCGCCUACGAGAGGUUCUGGUGCGCCGGGAGUCCGAACUCCGCUUCAUGAUGGAUGAUAUUCAACUGUGUAAAGACAUUAUGAGCUUGAAGCAGGAGCUGAGGAAAAUUGUGACUGUACCUGAGAAAGACAAGACCAAGAAACACAGACAGAGGGAGGAAGAAUUAAUCCUGAAGAUCCAUAAACUGGUUCAGAAAAGGGAUUUCCUGGUGGACGAUGCAGAGGUGGAGAGAUUAAGGGAGCAGGAGGAGGAUAAGGAAAUGGCAGACUUCCUCAGACAGAAACUUAUUCCCCUGGAGAAGCUGACCAAAGUCACGCAGAGUCUGCCUAAGCCCAAGAAGGCCAUCCCUGAGCCACCCCCUAACAAGCCCUCCAUCGCCAAAUCAGGAGCAGCCAUCAUCAAGGACUGCUGUGGCGCCACCCAGUGUACCAUCAUGUAACUAUCGCCCACUCCUCCCUCCUCAGAGACCAUAGUGUGAGCUGUAGUUACCUGACCCAACUGUCCUGUCCAGCUCUCACCUCAUUGCCUAAACCAGAGAACCCUGGUCUAAAAAUCAGCUCUGCCUGAAGGAGGGGUAGGGAGACAGACAUACUGCACAGCCGGGCAGACAGGCAGCAUCAAACUUCUAAGCCAGUAAGAAACCAGUGUGUUUUAUUUUUAGAGGCACACACUCUCUGGGUACCUUUGUGCAUCACUGCUCUGAAGCUUCACAGAAAACAAGGAGUGCAUCGUUUGUCCUGAGCACAUCAGGAUUCAUACUCAUCAUAUUGGCAGAAUUGCACUUGGCUUGCAGUCUGCCACAAGAUAGAUGGAUUAAAGUGCCAAACAUAUACUUCUUCCCAUGAGCUCAGGAGAAAAAAAAAAAACAACCACAGCACACUGUCUGCAAAACAGUUACGGCUGCAGAGGUCAUUUACUGCAGAAUUGAGAUUGAGUGAGUUCUUUUUUGCUUACGCAUUCAAUGCCUCUUAACUACAUGAAUUUAAACCAGGGUUCUCUGUACACUUGGAAAUGAGGUGCCUAGCGUUACCAUUACAAAGUCCAUUGUACGGUGUACACUGCUAUGUUGCUGUGUUUGAUAAAAGGGGUAUUUAUGUGUUUAUAACCAGCCCUUUAAAAAACACCUCCUCCCUUAUCGCACUCUUACUGGUCAGACCGGGCAGUCUCACAAACUGCAUGCUAGAGGUAUAGAGGUGUUUGUUUUUCACAAGAAUACAAAAGUGGACUCAUUUAAGUUGAGAAAAGCAAGACAUCUUUGUCACUCCAGCUGAAAAUAACGGGGGCUUUUCAAAAGGCCUUCCAACACGAAACUUGUGUUGUGCAACACAGCUCAUUAUAGAAAUGUCCAGCUGAAAACUGGCAUUUUUAGUGGUAGAGUUCACUUAAGGGAAGGUAACAUCACUGUUGAAACCGAGGGGAUUGUACCAGGCUCUUGGCCUUCACUGUAGACAGAACAUUAAAGUGGGGGUGGGUUGUGCCAGGCACUCUUGGCAGGGGUGUGCAGGUGUUUGGUAUGUUUAUACAUAUAGAGUGAGAUCGGUGCACCCAGUUUGCAUAGGGACUGUUUGUUCUCCCCUCCAGAACAUUUGCGUAAAACUCCAAGUAUCACAUGUCAGUGAGUCUGCACAAUAAUGUAAAUUGAUUAUUUUGUAGAUUGUGUACGAAUCACCACUGUUUCUUUGUAUUUGAGACAUGAGCAGUAAAUUAAAUCCCAUGUGCUACAGGAAACUGAGUUACCUUAGAGGUAGUUCCAUGAUCUUCAACAUGUCCAUUAAUAUUGCUUUACAAAUAGGGGAUGAAGAUGCAUUUGCAUGUUAAAAUUCUUUAGGCUUUAGGCUACAUGUUAGAGACAAUAUUCACACCGAAAGCAAAUUUCAACCAGAACUGAACAAGACAUGAAUGUGACUGUAAAUGUCUGCGAAAACAUAAGGGAUGCUGCAAAAUAUAUCUGUUAGGAUCAAAGACAAAGUGCGAAGAAGCCGUGUGGAAUUCACCACAAACCUGGAUCUGUUCCAUCAUUGCUCAUCAGAUGAAAAAGGUGACCCUGUACUUGACUUUUGAGUUACCCAUCAAAAAUGUGACACUCUUGAAAUUGUGAUUUGUGACUUUAUAAAAAAAAAAAAAAGGUAUUGAAGUAGGAAUAUUG